AUUACACAAUUUGCUACGCUAGUCAACCCAGGAGAAAGUCUGUCCGAAGAAGAAGAACGGAAUUCCUACCUGUCACAGGGAGGGCUCUACUUACUGAAAGACGGCUAACAAAACAUUUUCAGGCUGGGAAACGAUACUGUACCACGCAGAAGGAAACUCACUCAGUUGAGGAGAGAAACGGCGAAGAAGGGGAAACCCUGUAAAGCUGGAGCUACCAUGGUGGGCGAGCGCCGCAAUGGGAACCUGUUGGUUCAGCUGGGUCCGAGGCAGCAGGCCUACCCUGAGGAGCUGAUCCGACAGCGGCGGACCCACGAUGGCCAGACGGAGUACCUGAUUCGCUGGACCCUGCUGGCCGUGGAGGACGGGACCGGCACGGGCGGGGCCGAGGUGGCCGGCAGCGUGAGCAGCGGGUCCGGGGCGGGCGGCUCUGGGGGCUCCACGUCGGGCGAGAGCAAGGCGGAGAGCAUCCUGAUGUGGAUGUCCACAGAGGAUGUGUACGCCAACUGCCCCACGCUGCUGGGCAAACGCAAAGCCCCCGCGCAGGAGGAGGAGGAGAGUCCCAGCAGCAGUGGGGGCGGAGGGGGCUCCUUCCGCCCGCCCGACGUCACCUUCGACGAGGUGGAGCUUUCCGACAUGAAGACAGACGUGGUGAACCUGGUGCGUCGCGCGCGCAAGCAGAUGGCCAAGACGAGCGAGUUCGCCAUCAGCCUGACCCACACCAUUCACGUGCUCAGUGCCUACGCCAGCAUCGGCUCGCUGGUCGGGGUCUUCAAGGAGACCGGCGCGCUCGACCUGCUCAUGGAGCUGCUCUGCAACAAGGAGCGUCAGACCCGACGCAGCGCCGGCAAGAUGCUCCGUGCCCUCGCCUCGCACGACGCAGGUAGUCGGGCGUACGUGCUGUUGUCUCUGAGCCAGCAGGAUGGCAUUGAGCAGCACAUGGACUUUGACAAUCGCUUCACGCUGCUGGAGCUGUUCGCCGAGACCACCUCCUCCGAGGAGCACGGCAUCUCCUUCGAGGGCAUCCACCUGCCACAGAUCCCAGGGAAGCUGCUCUUCUCUCUGGUGAAGCGCUACCUGUGUGUGACAUCCCUGAUGGACAAGCUGAACACGGCCGGCUCAGAGUCCAGCAUCGAGCCUUCCUCCUCGUCUCCCUCAUCCGUGGCCUCGGACCAGACACGGCUGCAGCGGGAGUUUGAGUUCACCAUGGCGAUGGCCAACCUCAUCUCGGAGCUGGUGCGCGUCAUGGGCUGGGACCGCAACCGACAGCUGCCCAUGUGCCUGCCCUCACAGACCGGGAGCGGGGCCAGCGACGACGCCUCAGAGGACGAGGGGUGUCCUCGGCGCAUGCUGCGCUCCAUCUUCCAGCCACGUUUCACCGCUUCAGCAUCCCUCACUGCCGCCACGGCUGCCGCCAUGGCAACUGCCUCCGGAGCCACUCCUCCCGUGGCACCCGUCUCCGCUGCUCCGACGAAGAAGAAGGUGGCGAAUGACUUUAAGACACGCGUGGACUUCAGCACGCGCUCGUCCUACGUGGAGUAUGUGCAGGACAACCUGAAGAGCGGCAUGAUGGUCCGCAUGCUGGAGGACUACGAGGAGGUGUCCUCGGGUGACGAGGGGGAGUUUCGCUACAGCAACGACGGCUCGCCACCUGUACAGGUUUACUGGAACUCUCUCUCCCGUACCUACUGGGUGCACUGGCACAUGAUUGAGAUUCUGGGGAGCGGCACCAGCGGCCAAUCAGAGAAGGAGACCCAGGAGAAAGCCUCAACACUUACAGAGACGCUCAAACUCACAGCAGUGAGCCAGACGUUCUUCUCUAAGCCGCCAGGCGGCCUGUACUCCCUGCCGUACCUUUGUGAGGACGAGCGGGAGGACGGCGCCCAGCUGAGCCGGGCCGAAUGGUGGGAGGUGCUCUUCUUCAUCAAGAAGCUCGAGCCCGAGCAGCAGCAGGAGGUCAACCACAUCCUGCGACAGAACCUGGACGAGGCACAGAUGUCUGAGCUGGACGAGGUGUCCCUGCUGCAGCUGUGUGUGACCGGUGAGGUGGUGCGUAAGAUCCUGCACUACCUGAAGCAGACGCUGCAGUCCUCCUGCCUGGGCGACCUGCUCUGCUCGCAGGCCUUUGCCAAACACUACCUGCGCCGCGGGGGCGCCGGCCUUCAGGACGAGGACCCCCUCACCGCCGCCGCCACCCUGCUGGGAGGGCGCCGUAGUCCCCCCUCUUCCUCCUCCUCCUCCGGCAUCGCCGUCUCCUCCUCCUCAGCAAUGGGCUCCGUGUCCAAGAAGCCCAAGAAGGAGCCAGCGACGGAGGGCGGCUCUGAGGGAGGGGGCGGGAGCGACACAGAGAGUGAGCUGCCCACUGAGGACGAGACCAAGUACCCCGAGGACCUGGAGGAGAAGAUGAAGGCGUUCAACAGCCCUAAGGUUCAGGGGAAGAAGACGGCUCUGGAGAAGAUGGGUGAGGUGGUGGACAUGAUGAGGAAGGGGGGCAGUGGGUCGGACGCGGGCAGGCAGCUCGCCGCCAUCAAGGUCAUGAUCAAACUCCUGGAGGAGGAGGGACCGCAAGAGAAGAGGACGCUGUGUGACUCCGCUCAGGCCAUACGCGAUAAGGUUCUGAAGCUGCUGGUGGAGAUGAUUGGCUCUCAGGUGAAGGUCGACGCGGUGGCGGCGCUGCGUCUGACGCGCGCUCUCAUGCUCAAGUACGAGUGGCGCGUGUCCUUCGCCACCGAGGGCGGGGUCAAGGCCAUCCUCAGCAGCAUGCAGGAGUUCUCCACCUGCACGCAGGUGCAGCAGAUCGCACUGGCAACGCUUAAGGUGAUCACGGGAGCGAGUAAGCACGACAUGCGGAGCGUGGGCAGCUGUGUGCCGUUGUCCGAGUCGGGAACGCAGAUGAUGCUGGAGAUCUUCGCCAGCAUCGGCUCAGCCACACCUGAGGGUUCUAAAGGCCUCCUCAGCACCAUCCCCAACGCCAUCGAGCUUAUGCUCAACACACCACGGUGUUCUCUGUCUGUGUGUAACGGCCUGCUGGUGGUCAUCAUGCUCAUCUCCAGUCAUAAGAGCUUGGCCGAGCAGCUGGUGGCUUGUGGGAUCAGUCCUGUGCUGAAGAAGUGCCUCUCUUCCCAGCGCUCCGAGACCACCACCCUGGCCAUCAUCGCCCUCAACCACAUCUCCAUGGUCCACAAGCUGGAGAAGAAAGAGUCUAAGGAGGAGCUGGAGUUUAAGGACACGGAGCUGAAGAUGCUGGUGGUGAGCCUGAAGAGCAUGACGGCCACCAAAGAGGUGGUCCAGACGCUGGAACAGCUGCUGUGCGACUCGGCCCACCUGGAGGACGAGAAGAACGAGGUCACCUACAACAGAGACACCUUCCAGGACCUGGUGUGCCUCAUGGACCAGCACCGAGUGGACCGGGCCCUGCAGCUCUCCAUACUCAGGAUUCUGUGCAAGUUCUUGGAUAACUACCAGGAGGAUCUGCUCCCCUGGCAUGAGAGCAUCGAGCCCUGCCUGUCCUCCAUGACCGCCUUCAUCAACGAUAGAGAUGUGGUGCAGCAGUUUAUCCGCUUUCUCUUCCGGCUGGCGUCUCUGAACAAGGACUACGCGGUGGUCAUGUGCCGGCUGGGCACCAAGGAUGCGCUGGUCAAGGCGCUGGACAAACACAGCACCAACCUGCUGCUGGUCACCGAGCUCAAGGACCUCAUCAGCGACUGCGAGAAGUACGCCAGCCUCUACAAGAAGAUGACCACCAGCGUACUGGCAGGAUGCAUCCAGAUGGUUCUAGGUCACAUAGAGGAACACCGUAGGAGCCACCAGCCCAUCAACAUCCCCUUCUUUGAUGUGUUCUUGCGUAACCUGUGCCAAGGUGAUCUGCCUCCCUAUCACCUGUGUACUGCUCAACUAAAGUCCUUCCUACGGUCGAGUGUGGAGCUGAAGGAGGAUAAGUGUUGGGAGAAGGUGGAGGUGUCUUCCAACCACCACCGCGUCAACAAGCUCACCGACAAGAACCCCAAAACCUACUGGGAGUCUAACGGCUGCACUGGAUCCCACUUCAUAAACAUCUACAUGCACAAGGGCGUCGUCAUCAGGCAGCUGGCGGUGCUGGUGGCCAGUGAAGACUCCAGCUACAUGCCAGCCCGUAUCCUAGUGCAGGGGGGAGACGACCCUGCCAGCAUCAACACUGAACUCAACACUGUGAACGUGCCACCGUCCGCCAGCCGCAUCGUUCUGCUGGAGAACAUGACUCGCUUCUGGUCCAUCGUGCAGAUCCGCAUCAAAAGAUGCCAGCAGGGUGGCAUUGACACCAGGGUGCACGGCUUUGAGGUGCUGGGGCCCAAGCCCACCUUCUGGCCCGUGUUCAAGGAGCAGCUGUGCUGCCGCACCUACCUGUUCUACACCACCAAGGCCCACACCUGGUGCCAGGAGAUACUGGAGGACAAGACCCAGCUUCUGCAGCUCUUCAACAAGUUGAACAGCGCUUUGAAACACGAGCAGAUGUUUGCCGAUCGCUUCCUGCCUGAUGCUGAGGCUGCUGAGGCCCUGGGACGCACCUGUUGGGAGGCCCUCAUCACACCCAUAGUACAGAGCAUCACCAUUUCAGAACUUCCCGUGCUAAGCCCUCUGGCCUGGCUGCUGAGCGAGUACCUGGACAACGCUGAGUCGUCCAAGCGCUACAAGACGCGGGCGGCCAUCUUUAACUCGCGCGUGCGUCGCCUCACACACCUGCUGGUGCAUGUGGACACGAGCCGCAUCGACACAGAGGAGCUCAAGCCCCCCGUCAAGUCCAAAGGUAUCAACAGAAGCAAAGAUUUGAAGAAUGGCAAAGAGGGCAAGAAUAAGGAGGCUGUGGUACCACCCUCGUCUUCAUCAGCGGUGAAGCCCAAGAUGAAGAACACCAGCAGUAUCGCUGGCAUUGCACUCUGCUGGCAGGGAGUGGUACAGAGACAGGUGAAGAAGUUUCUGGACUCCACAUGCAGCCUGCCAGACUUUGUGGAGCGUUACCGGGCAAUGUACCUCCGUCUGAAGAACGCCAUGGAGGAACUGUUUGGCCAGCAGACGGCAUUUGUGCUGGCACUACGCCAGGGCUUCUCUGCCGCAUUACUGCAGCUCUCCAUCCUCACCGCCAUGCAUGUGAGUGAGCGCUUUGCACAGUACAUUGACCUGAUGAUCCAGGAGAGCUGUGGGGACAGUGGCAGUGUGGAGACCAUCCGUCAGCUGCAGCAGUUUCUGGAGCCCAUGCUCUUCCUCUCUGGCCUGGAGCUCGCCAACACCUUUGAGCACUUCUACAGGCACUACCUGGGUGACCGGCUGCUGGGCCAGAGUAAGGUGUGGCUGGAGAGUGCUGUGAUUGAGCAGAUCGGCUCCUGCUUCCCCAACCGCUUCCCCCAGCAGAUGCUCACCAACCUGCGCGAGUCCGAGGAGCUGCAGCAGGAGUUCCACCUCUACAGACUGCAGCAGCUCGACAAGACCCUGCAGGACCUGGACGAGGAGAUGAUGGAGGAGCAGUCGUCAGAGCCAGAGGAUGACAGUGAGGUGAAGGUGCUGGUCUUGUCUCCACGCUGCUGGGCAGUGUCGCCCCCUUGCUUCCUGGAUGACCCCAACAAGCACUUCCCCGCUCAGCUGUGCAGCUACCUGACCGAGUUCACCAACUUCUACUCCAGCAGCCAGAGUAUCUACAGUCUGAAUCACAGUAAGCCACGGCGGUUGCAGUGGACCUGGCUGGGUCACGCAGAGCUCCACUACGACUCCUGCACACUCUACGUCUCCACCCUUCAGAUGUACAUACUGCUGCAGUUCAACAACCAGGAGGACUUGAAUAUGGAGACACUCCAAAAGGACACCGGCCUGACCAUGGCUGUAAUAGCCCACGCACUUCAACCCCUCACCGGAGACAAGGGCAUCCUCACGCAAGACCCUGAGAAAGGUGUCCUGCAGCUGAACCAGAGGGUGCUGUCCCAGGGCUCCAGCGCCCAGAGCUUCUGCCACCUGCUGCCCAAGCAGACCUACCUGAACGUGGACGAGGACUCGGCACGCACCCUGGAGCGCAAGAGGAACUACAUCUACUGCCUCAUCGUCCAGAUCAUGAAGGCCGAGAGGGAGAUGCACAUUGACAACCUCGUGUUCAGGGUGUUGGACACAUGCUGGAAGAAGGAGGCGCUGCAUUCCCCGGGCGGCGUGCGCUUCAGCUGCAGCACCACGGACGUCCUGUCCUGCGUCAUCCACGUCAUCAGCAAGGGCUACGUGCGCCGCAACGAGGACAGCCCCCACAUCCUGGAGUUCCUGCCCGAGGACCCGUCCACCCCCCAGAAGGGCCAGGCCCAGUUCUCCUUCAGCAACACUGACCUCAAGAACAGUUCCAGCUCCACCAAGGCCGACAUCAGUCUGGGCGAUGAAAGUGUGUUGGCCCAGCGUCCCGAGGACGGCGUCCUGGAAGCGGUUCUGUUCUCCAUGGGCCGGACCAUGAGCCAGGAGGACGUGCUGCAGCUGAUGCAGCGCACCGUGCAGCAGGUGGCCGGAACCCUCAGUCUGGACCUGGACUGCGCGCAGCACCUGCUGGUCCACUGCAAGUGGAACGUGGACCUGCUGAUCCAGCGCUACACCGACGACCCAGACACGCUGGUUCUGGCCGCGGGGCUUAAGAUCCGGAACCCGCAGCCGCCCCCGAGUCCAUCGGUGCAGUGCCCGGUCUGUCUGGUGGCCCAGUCGGGCGGGUCAGAACCGGCUCCCACCCUCUGCUGUAAUCACUACUGCUGUAGGUCAUGCUGGCAGGAGUACCUGACUGCCAGGAUCGAGCAGAACCUGGUGAUGAACUGCAACUGUCCAAUCACAGACUGCAGAUCCCAGCCCACCUCGCAGUUCUUCUACAACAUCCUCACAGACAAAGACACCAUCUCUAAGUAUGAGAACGCGCUGCUGCGAGGCUACGUGGAGUGCUGCUCCAACCUGACGUGGUGCACCAACCCUCUGGGCUGUGACCAGAUCCUGUGCAAGGAGAACAUCGGCAGCAUGGGCACCUGCUCCAAGUGCUGUUGGUCCUCCUGCUUCAGCUGCAACUUCCCCGAGGCUCACUACCCGGCCAGCUGCAGCCACAUGUCCCAGUGGAUGGACGACGGCGGCUACUAUGAUGGCAUGACCAUGGAGGCCCAGAGUAAGCACCUGGCCAAGCUCAUCUCUAAGCGCUGUCCCAGCUGUCAGGCCCAGAUCGAGAAGAACGAGGGAUGCCUGCAUAUGACCUGUGCCAAAUGUAACCAUGGAUUCUGCUGGAGGUGUCUGAAGCCGUGGAAACCCACUCAUAAAGACUACUACAACUGUUCUGCAAUGGUAAGCAAAGCGGCCAGACAGGAGAAGAAGUUUCAGGACUACAACGAGAGAUGCACUUUCCACAACCAGGCCAAGGACUUUGCCAUUAGUCUGGAGAACAAGGUGUCCUCUAUCAACGAGGCCCUGCAGAUGAAGUCCCUCACUUUCGUCAUAGACGCCUGCAAGAUCCUGGCACAAGCCCGCAAGGUGCUGGCCUACUCCUGCGUCUACAGCUACUACAACCAGGACACGGAGAAGAUGGACGUGAUGGAGCAGCAGACAGAGGCUCUGGACCUCCACACCAACGCCCUGCAGAUUCUCCUCGAGGAGACGCUGCUGCAGUGCACUGACCUGGCCUCCUGCGUGCGCCUGCUGAAACCAGAGCACCUCAACACCGGCCUGGAGCUCAUCCGCCGCAUCCAGGAGCGCCUGGUGGCCAUUCUGCAGCACUCCACACAGGACUUCCGGGUGGGCUACCAGUCCAAGCCCGGAGCAGAGCAGGAGGCUGGGCAGGCAUCAAACCUGCUCAACCAAGCUGCCACUAACAAAGAGUCGAAGUCGGAGAGGGGCUCUGAGUCAGGCGACUCUGACAACAACAACUACACGGGCGAGGAGGGGGGUGACGAGGCAGAGGAGGACGAGGAAUACGACGAUGACUACGUCCCCGAGUGGCACGAGGACUACGACGAGGAGGACAUCGACGAGGACGACUUCUUCUCUGACAACGAAGGAUCCGAGAAUCUGGAGAGUGACUUCAGUCCCUUUGACUGAGGAAAACGAACGCACGGAUCCCACGUACAUCCCGAAAUACCCGAACCGGCCUCAGCAUCUUCACUCUGAGCAGACACUGUAACCAUAAGCAUCCUAGAGUUACCAGAUCGACAACAAAGCACUUAUGGAAGAUUUCAGCUUUGGUUGUGAAUGUUAACAGUCGAAUGCCAUCCCCAAGGUUUAAGGGCAGCAGGGUUUGGUUGGCCUCUCGCAUAUUUGGUUUGAGUCCCAUGUUAUAAACACCCGGUUUUGGGGGUGGUUUCCCUUUUUAUUUAACCAUUAUGAGGAGCCCUACUGAUGCUCCGAAGGUCUUAUUUGCUUUUCUUUUAGUCUUUGUUUUAUAUGAGACCUCCUGUCUUGUUUCAUUGCCAAGCAGGGUAUCAAGAUUGGAAACUGUAAAGGGGGAGGUUCAAGGUCAGUGCUGCAGAUGCACUAAGGUGUGUGUUUGUGAGAGCAGCUGACUACUUUUGGUUUGAUAGGAAGUGCUAUUUUCUUCUUUUUUACCUCUUGAACCUACCAAUUGAAAUAAGAAGGGAUUAGUAAUGCAGUUCAGAAAGCACCUUGUUUGUCAAAGUAUUCUUUCUCGUUUUUUUUUUUUUUUUUAAAUCCAGGAGGUGGCUGUUAAAUAUGUAUUCCCUAAUUUCAGUAACAAAAAUGCCUUGAUUUCUUUCUCCUUUUUUUUUUUUUUUUAAUUCUUAUGAUUCAUGAAAAUGCCUUCGUAUGUGUAUUUCAGAAGUUCUGCAUCUUCACUGUAGCUGCACAUAAAUUCAGCCCUUUGUGAUUGUAUUUGAUGGGCAGAAGUGAGUAGGGUGUGGAGGAAGAAGCCUCCUUAAAGAGUUCCUGCGACAGGACUGUGUCGGGUGAAUGUCCUAGCUGGUUGCUAAGACGGCAAGCUGGGAAGUGGGUCUGGUGGUUAAACCAGACAAGUGAGACAAACUGCUCCAAUCCACUCCUGGACAUCCAUCACCGCGACAACACGUUCACAGGCAACAUAACUCAUAAUCGCUAUUACGCUCUUCAUAGCUUUAUCUGUCUUUAUUUCUUGCAAAAAAGUUGAAAAAUGAAAGUAGAACUUUUGGACAUGUUUAUGUUCAGUCAUGCUGUUCAGAGAUAUCAAAUAUCUUGUCCCAGUUGGAAUUAGCUUUAAGUUAAGAUAUCCUCAAAUUCAUAUAUUGUUCACCAUUAUAAAAUGUUCUCUUUCUGAGUGAAGUUGUGCAACUUCAGCUAACUGAAUAAAAUGCUUUUCUCAAA